CGCCGGAGGAGAGGCGGGCAAGGCUCGUUGGUGCCCGGCUGCCCCAGUGGGGAGGGCCCGGGCGACUCUGUCUGCCUCUGCCCCUCAGGGGCCAGCGCCUUGGUCCUCAGUCACCUCGCGGCUUCCCCCAGCCCGCUGGAGGCUCGCUCCGAGGACUGCUUCCCUCGCGGUGCGGUGCUAGAGAGUGGACGGGCUGGGACUCGCAGACGCCACCGGGCUUUUUCGGCUGAGGAGCCGACACUCGCCGCUCUGGGUUUGGUUCUCUUGGCCGGGGACUCCCCUCAGAGCUCUUCGCCUGCGGGGUUAACCAAAUCCCGCUUCGGUUGUGGGCCAGCGCGGACGCCUGGCUUGGGCUUCUGCGGUGGGGACGGAGUGAUGCCAAGCUCGUCUCCAGGAGGUGAAAAUGUGGUGCCUCGAGAGCCAUUGAUUGCCACAGCAGUGAAGUUCCUACAGAAUUCCCGGGUCCGGCAGAGCCCACUUGCAACCAGGAGAGCAUUUCUUAAGAAGAAAGGGCUGACAGACGACGAGAUUGACCUGGCUUUCCAGCAGUCGGGCACUGCUACAGAUGAGCCUCCGUCCUUGGGCCUGGCUACGCCAGUGGCUCCUGUCCAGACCCCCCACCUCAUCCCACAGCCAUACAGCCCCGGGAGUUCCCGAUGGCGGGAUUACGGUGCCUUGGCCAUCAUCAUGGCAGGAAUUGCAUUCGGCUUUCACCAGCUCUACAAGAAGUACCUGCUGCCCCUCAUCCUGGGAGGCCGAGAGGACAGGAAGCAGCUGGAGAGGAUGGCAGCGAGUCUCUCCGAACUGAGUGGCAGCGUGGCCCAGACAGUGACUCAGGUACAGACAACGCUGGCUUCUGUUCAAGACCUACUGAGACAGCAGCAGCAGAAGGUCCAAGAGCUGACCCAUGAGCUGGCCACGGCCAAGGCUACCACAUCAACCAACUGGAUCCUGGAGUCCCAGAAUAUCAAUGAGCUCAAGUCGGAAAUCAACUCCCUGAAAGGGCUUCUUUUGAAUCGGAGGCAGUUCCCUCCGUCCCCGUCGGCCCCGAAGAUCCCCUCCUGGCAGAUCCCAGUGAAGUCCCCAUCUCCCUCCAGCCCUGCGGCUGUGAACCACCACAGCAGCAGUGACAUCUCCCCGGUCAGCAACGAAUCCACGUCGUCCUCCCCUGGGAAGGAGAGCCACAGCCCUGAGGGCUCCACAGCCGCCUACCACCUGCUGGGCCCCCAGGAGGAGGGCGCGGGGGUGGUAGACGUCAAGGGCCAGGUGAGGAUGGAGGUGCAGGGUGAGGAGGAGAAGAGGGAGGACAAGGAGGACGAGGAGGACGAGGACGAUGACGUGAGCCAUGUGGAUGAGGAAGACGUCCUUGGGGUACAGAGGGAGGACCGGCGGGGCGGGGAUGGGCAGAUCAACGAGCAGGUGGAGAAGCUGCGGCGGCCAGAGGGAGCCAGCAACGAAAGUGAGCGCGACUAGGCCUGGCACUUGCCGCCCCGCCCGCCUUCCCAGCACCCCAGGACAUCAGUGGCAGGUGGGCAUGGGUGUGGCUCUGCCUCCAUGAGGGUGGCUGGCAACCCAGGUAGGGGUGAGGCUGUCGUCAGACGCAGCAUUUCUGUUCCCCAGCCCCGGUGACUCUGGCUGUCCACAGCCAGGCGAGGACUCCGGAGCCCUGUGCUUAAGCCCCUGCCCACCCUCCUGGACAGGUGACUCGUCCAGGUGUGUCCUCUGAGUAUCUUGACUACCUGACUCGUCCAGGUGUGUCCUCUGAGUAUCUUGACUACCUGACACCAUGCAUGGCCAGAGCUCAUGUCAUCUCCUGCCUCCUGUCACCUCAGUGCAGGGGGAACUGUGGCCCCGGGGUCUUGUCUCCUACUGUGCCCUGGCUUGGCCUGUGGCUUUUUUUUUUUUUUUUUUUUUUUUGCCUGUUCCAAAAGCCAGAGCCCUGGACCUGCUCUUCAUCUGUGGGCCUGCCGGGACCCAGCCACCCUACAACCAGGUCCUGGCUGACAGAUGCUGCCCUUGGGCACCUGUCCCCAGCCCACCUGCCAUGUUGUCCCGGGUACCACACAAGACCACCCUCGCUUGCUGUGUCAUGGUGAGGUGUGAUGUGCUUCUCCGUCCUGCAGUGGAGCCCGGCAGCAGGGCCUUAAGACCAACAGCCACGUCUGUCCUUCCCACAGAGAAACACAUGUUCAUUUAUGUGAUCAUGUAUAGAUUGCAGAAUAUAAGAUAUGACUGUACAUAAUUGUAAUAAAUAUGAGUUGCCAUAUUUAA